UGUUCAUUACCCGGCAAAAACAAAACGACACUCUGAAAACCCAGGAAGUAUGUCUGUGUCUAAAUAGCUAGGUUGCUAACGUAACACUCACCCGUCUUAAAGUACAGUAGAAGCUGAAUACCGUGUAAUAAUUCAGAAAAAUGUCAGUGUAGCUAUAAAAGUGAUACAAUGAUGUCUACCGGCGAUCUGAAAGGGUGUCUUCGCAAACUAGAUACUCAGUUGCGAGCCGUGAAGUAUCCACGGGACGUUGACUACAACGGGUUGGCGAAAGGAGACGCGUCAUCUUGUCUGCCCAUAGUGAGCUACGUGUUCACCUCCUUCUCUCCGCUUCUGGUCGAACAGCUCGUGGGGUUAGGGGUCGAACUGACCGGGAAGAGCGACCUGCGGUUUACAGAGACCGUCUACAAGGUGCUGAGGGACCAGUUCCAUUAUAAACCAAGCCUGACUAAGCAGCAGUUCCUGGCGUUUGGAUUCUCUGAGAGGAAGGUGUGUUUGCUGUGUGACAUCAUCAGCCUCGUCCUCCAGAGACACAGAGAGCUUCAUAAGGCCAGCUCCAAGCCCAAGAGCAGGCCAGCGUUCCAGACAGUGAGGCCAUUAUCAAUGGAAGGUGCUUCCAGACAGGCCUCUUCAAACAGGCCUACUGACUCGACAUCUUCUGAUUGGCCACUGGUUCAGUGCCACAUUGGAGGCGCUGCCCUGACCCCCGCCCCCCUACCCUUAGAUGAGCUGGAUGAGGAUGAGGAACAGUUCUAUAACACAGCUCCCAGAGACUGUCUUAGGGAGGAAGAGGGGAGGCUUGCAGCUGUGGAGGCCCAGCUGGGGCAGUGUCUGGCUGGGUUGGAAAGGCUGGCUGCCCUGGAGGCUCGUCUAGAACUCAUGGAGAGACAGAGAGAGGAAAAGGAGAGAGAAAAGAAAGAGGAGGAGGGGAAGAGGGGAACCAUCACUAUUGACAGACAGAGCUGGAUAAACCUGGAGAGCAGAGUUCUUCUGUUGGAGACUAAACUGGAGCUUGCUCUGAAAGACUCCUCAUUGGUCACUAGAGGAGGAAGUGAUGCCAUGGCAUGUGCAGUGAGAUCUGCAUCCUCAGGUAUGAUUGAACCAGAACUUGACCUUACCAAGGACCAGACCCAAGUCCAGCACCAGACCCAUGAUCAAGUGAUUAAGCACAGCUCAGACCCUGAGCCCCCCCUGUUCUCCAGUCCCACUGGCCAGCAAGAGAACCUCCAGGAGAGACUGGAGAGGAUCAGAAACAUGAUGAAAGAGACAUGCAGCCUGCUGAACAUCGUGGAACCCUGUAUAUAAACACCCAGGUUCCUGCUGAAGAACAUGGAAUCCUGUAUAUAAACACCCAGGUUCCAUACUGAAGAACAUGCCUAUGUGUACUCUCCCCGAUCCUCAUCUGAUCCAUGAGACGGACAGGGAGGACUCACCCAUGUGAAGUCACAUAUUAACCACAGUCUUUGUUUUUAAUGGAAUUAUGUAAAUAAUUCUUUGAUAAAAAUAUCAAGCUUUAAAAGUAUUAAUACUUAUCUGUGUUGUGUGUUUGACCAACAGGUGGUGCCAGCGCACCUCUGCUGCUCCUAUUAUGUUGUUUACCUCUAGUGGACACUUCUGGGCACUGCACAGGCCACACUGACAAACAAUAACAAUGUACUGUGUCUGCCAAGACGCUCUUAACUUUAUCUUUUUUUGUCCUUCCUCCACUGAGCUAGCCUGUGAUACUCCUAGCUGUGCUGCAACUGUUUCCAGAUGUGUGUGUGUGCGCAUUCAGAUGUUUUAGCAGAGCAAUAAAGUCUUUAAUCUCCCCCA